UGUGUGUGUCAUCAUCUGUGCACCGGUGGCGUGGGRUCCUUUUGACAGACUGUUUCUGCCUUUUCUUUCCUAUUAAACGGUAGACUAAAGCACACAUUUUUAGACAGGAUGACGGAACGAAAAGGAACUGCGAAGUUGGACUUUCUCAGAAAGAUUGAAUUGGAAAUUCAAGAGAAAUGGGAGAAGGAGAGAGCAUUUGAGCGUGAUGCACCAUCAACUGUUGGAGAAAGCUCCAACAAAAACAAAUACUUUGUGACCUUCCCCUAUCCUUACAUGAAUGGUCGAUUGCAUCUUGGCCAUACUUUUAGUUUGUCCAAGUGUGAGUUUGCUGUUGGUUACCAGUCUCUGAAAGGGAAGAAAUGCCUCUUUCCAUUUGGGCUSCACUGCACAGGAAUGCCAAUUAAGGCCUGUGCAGACAAGCUGAAGAGAGAAAUGGAGCUGUAUGGAACCCCUCCACAGUUUCCAGAUGAGGKGGAAGAGGAGGAGAAGGAGAAGCCACAGAUCUCUGAUGAAAUCAUUAUCAAAGACAAAGCAAAGGGCAAGAAGAGUAAAGCUGUGGCCAAAUCUGGAUCUUCCACUUUCCAGUGGGACAUCAUGAGGUCUUUAGGCCUGAAUGACCAGGAAAUUGCCAAGUUUGCCAAUGCUGAACACUGGCUCGAGUACUUCCCUCCUUUGGCUGUUAAAGACCUCAAACAGAUGGGAGUCAAGGUGGAUUGGAGGCGUUCUUUCAUCACCACAGAUGUGAACCCCUUCUACGACUCCUUUGUCAGGUGGCACUUUAACACGCUGAAAGAGAGAAAGAAAAUCAAGUUUGGCAAAAGGUAUACCAUCUACUCUCCUAAGGAUGGACAGCCAUGCAUGGACCAUGACAGGCAAACUGGAGAGGGAGUUGGACCUCAGGAGUACACGCUCAUCAAGAUGAAAAUUGUUGAACCGUACACGGCAAAAUUCAAGUCUAAAGUCUUUUAUAGCAGCGGCAUGAAAGGCAAAAACAUCUUUCUGGUGGCUGCCACACUGAGACCAGAAACCAUGUUCGGUCAGACCAACUGCUGGGUGAGACCCGACAUGAAGUAUGUCGCCUUUGAAACAACUAGUGGAGACGUCUUCAUCUCCACCAGCAGGUCUGCCAGAAACAUGUCUUUCCAAGGCUUCACCAAGGAGAACGGAGUGGUGCCUGUGGUCAUGGAAAUACUGGGACAGGACAUCCUUGGCUGUGCCCUAAGUGCUCCUUUGACCUCCUACAAGAUUAUCUAUGCUCUGCCUAUGCUCACUAUCAAGGAGGACAAAGGUACUGGGGUUGUAACCAGUGUGCCAUCUGAUGCUCCUGAUGACAUUGCUGCACUCAGGGACAUUAAAAAGAAGCAGGCUUUGCGUGAAAAAUAUGGAAUUGAGAACAAGAUGGUGUUGCCUUUUGAGCCGGUCCCUAUUAUCGAAAUCCCAGGCUAUGGGAAUCUGUCUGCCCCUGUGGUGUGUGAUGAGCUGAAGAUCCAGAGCCAGAAUGACAAAGAGAAGCUGGCUGAAGCAAAGGAAAAGGUUUACCUGAAAGGAUUUUAUGAAGGGAUCAUGCUAGUUGACGGCUUCAAAGGGCAGAAGGUCCAGGAUGUAAAGAAGCCCAUCCAGAAAAUGAUGGUUGAGAGAGARGAGGCCAUGAUCUACAUGGAGCCAGAGAAACAAGUCAUGUCACGUUCAGGCGAUGAGUGUGUCGUGGCUCUCUGUGACCAGUGGUAUUUAGACUACGGAGAUUCUGAAUGGAAGCAGGAGGCCAACAAAGCCCUCAAAUCGUUGGAGACAUUUUGUGAGGAGACGAGAAGAAACUUUGAGGCCACUUUGGCCUGGCUGCAGGAACACGCCUGCUCUCGUACUUACGGACUGGGAACACGACUGCCUUGGGACGAGCAGUGGCUGAUUGAGUCUCUAUCGGACUCCACAAUCUACAUGGCUUAUUACACUGUAGCCCACCUCCUCCAGGGAGGUGUGCUCAACGGACAAGGAGCCUCUCCACUGGGCAUCAAACCUGAGCAAAUGACCCGAGACGUGUGGGACUUUAUCUUCUUUAAGACGUCUCCUUUCCCCAAGACAGACAUUCCCAGGGAGCACCUUCAGAGGCUGAGGAGGGAGUUUGAGUACUGGUACCCUGUGGACGUCCGAGUGUCUGGCAAAGAUUUGGUGCCCAACCACCUGUCKUACUUUCUGUACAACCAUGUUGCUAUCUGGCCCAAAGACAAUGGGAAAUGGCCUCAAGCUGUGCGAGCUAACGGACAUCUGCUCCUCAACUCUGAAAAGAUGUCCAAAUCAACAGGAAACUUUCUCACCCUCUGCCAAGCCAUUGAAAAGUUUUCAGCAGAUGGCAUGCGUCUGGCUCUGGCUGAUGCCGGGGACACAGUGGAGGACGCCAACUUUGUAGAAACCAUGGCCGAUGCCGGCAUUCUUCGUCUGUACACGUGGGUGGAGUGGGUGAAGGAGAUGAUUGCCAACCAGAACAACUUGAGGACGGGACCUUGUGACACCUUCAAUGACCGAGUCUUUUCCAGUGAAAUAAAUGCAGGCAUCUUAAAGACGGAGCAGCAUUAUGAGAGGAUGAUGUACAAAGAAGCUCUGAAGAGUGGCUUUUUUGAGUUCCAAGCUGCCAAAGACAAGUAUCGRGAGCUGGCUAUCGAAGGCAUGCACAGAGACCUGGUGUUCCUGUUCAUAGAGAGGCAAACACUGCUGCUGGCCCCCAUCUGUCCACAUCUGUGUGAAUACACAUGGGGUCUGCUGGGCAAGACGGGUUCUCUGAUGAAGGCUUCGUGGCCCGCAGCAGGUCCAGUGGAUGAGAUUCUGAUUCGUUCCUCUCAGUACCUGAUGGAGACGGCUCAUGACCUCCGUUUGCGGCUCAAAGCAUACAUGCUUCCCCCAAAAAACAAGAAAGGUGACUCGAAGCCCCCUGCCAAGCCCUCCCACUGCACCAUCUAUGUAGCCAAGAGCUACCCUCCCUGGCAGCACAGCGCCUUGUCUCUGCUCGGCAAACACUAUAAGAGCAACAACGGGGUGCUUCCAGACAACAAAGUGAUAGCGAGUGAGCUGGGAGCCCUGCCUGAGCUGAAGAAAUACAUGAAGAGAGUCAUGCCUUUUGUUGCCAUGAUCAAGGAAAACCUGGAGAAGAACGGACCCAGGGUGUUGGAUCUUGAACUGGAGUUCGAUGAGCGAACAGUUCUCAUGGAGAAUCUGGUCUACUUAACAAAUUCUCUGGAGUUGGAGCAGAUUGAUGUCUUAUUUGCAUCGGAGGGCGAUGAUAAAGUGAAGGAGGACUGUUGCCCCGGGAAGCCAUUCAGCGUGUUUAGAUCUGAGCCCGGAGUGUGCGUGUCCCUGAUCAACCCUCAGCCGUUCACCGGCUUGUUUUCGACAAAGCUCGACAUCCGACAGGGGGACAGCAGGGAUAGCAUCGUUCGACGGCUCGCUAAAGUCAACCGACUCCUAAAACAAACUCAAACAGAUCUGUCCAGAGUGAAGCUGAUGCGGUACGAGGACCCCUUAAUGGGACCUCGCAGGUUGCCUGUUCUGGGACAGGAGGAACAAGGCAAACUGCCCAUCUCCAGCAAAUCUGUGUUCAACGUGAAUCUGCAGGAGAAGAAGGUCACUUUGGCUGACAACGGCCUCACCGUGGAGGUUGGGGACACUCUGGUGUACCUGAUCCAUUAGGCUAGCGCUCAGUGUCACACAGGAGCACGUUCAGCACCUAUAGGAAAACUUUAAAUGCUUCAUGACAAUUUACAAUUUAACAGGUCACUCUGACACAAUUCAUUAGUCUAUAUUUUAUUGAAAGAUUUCAGUCGCAGCAUUUCUUCUGUUUAAAACAACUUCAAUUAAUGCUGAAGGGUUUAGUUAAUGAAACUAGAAACCCUGGACUUUCAGAAUAGUAAAAAGCUCAAAAACAUUAAAGUUCUAGAGGAAUCAGCAGUUUAAAAAGAAUGACGCCAGAAUCUGUAAAAUGUUCAGCAGUACAGGAACAGCACUUCUCUGUCAGAUAUUCUUUCAGUUAAGUUAAAUUGUGUUUUGAUAUGUGGACAGAUGUUUUGUUUUUACUUAUACAGCAUGUUGUAAACAAGCAAUUUCUAAAAAUGAAACUUUAAAACUGAUCUUCACUUAGUGACGCUGAACUGACAUCACUUCCUGUUUGACCGAUCAUGUUUUUACGUCGUCAUGCUGCUCCUGCUCCUUUUCCAAGUCCUUCACUCGUCCUGCAGACGAAAGUCUUGUUUUGUUUUCUACAUCAGAAAUGAGGACGUCUUCUCAGCCUGUUUUCUUUUUUUUUUUAUAGCUAUCAACUUAGCUUAUCUGGGAUUUCCACCAAAAUAAAAUCUAUUCAAACUUAA